UCGGCGCUACUUCAAGUUCCAACAUGGCUGCCACCAGGUACAAAAUUCGGACUGUGAUGUGUUGGCAUUGAGUUUGCGAUGGUAACGACAAUAUCCUAGGGUAGACUGCAUCAGAAAUGCUAGGUCAAAUCCCAUUACGUGAAAGAUAUUAGAAGCAGUAGAGAAGGUUUUGUCGGUGAGAAUCAAACGGUAUUGCCGUUCAGAGUACAGUGGGGGCCCAGUCACAACCUGUUUUGAUAUCUGACGUUCCAGUGGAGUUCUUGUGAAAAGUUUUCAUCAGUUUUGUUGGACAAGAGCCAAAAUGUCUUUCUUGGUGGAUUCCUGCAUCAUGUUCACGACCCAGGCUUUCUUCUUUGGGUUCGGCUGGAUAUUCUUCAUGCGCCAACUCUUCAAGGACUAUGAAAUCCACCACAGGGUGGUGCAGCUGACCUUUGCUGUGACCUUUGCCCUGUCCUGCACCAUGUUUGAACUCAUCAUCUUUGAGAUUGUCGGGUUUCUGAACUCCAGCAGCAGAUAUUUCCACUGGAAGCUGGACCUGUACGCCAUGCUGUUCUCUCUCAUCUUCCUGCUGCCCUUCUACAUCGCCUACUUCAUCGUCAGCAACUUGAGGUUUGUCCAGUCUUUGCAGCGCAGACGUCUGAUUGUGUGGCUCACUGUGGGGGUUUGGCUCACAUUCAUGUACUUCUUCUGGAAGCUGGGAGACCCCUUCCCCAUCCUCAGUGCCAAGCAUGGCAUCUUCUCAAUAGAACAAGGUAUCAGCCGAGUGGGAGUCAUUGGUGUGACGCUCAUGGCUCUCCUGUCGGGGUUCGGUGCCGUCAACUGUCCCUACACCUACAUGGAGUACUUCCUGCGGCACGUCACCGACACGGACAUCCAGUCCCACGAGCGCCGCCUGCUCCAGAACAUGGAGAUCAUCCUCACCAAGAAGAAGCGGAUCGCGCUCGCCAAGAGGGAGACGCGGCAGGCGCAGGCGGGCUCUGGGACGCAGAGGUCGGCGGGAAUCUGGGGGAUGCUGAAGAACGUAACCACGAGUUCCCCCGCGGGAGAGAAUGUCCGGCAGCUGCAGCAGGACGUAGACGCGCUGGAGGAACUGAGCAGGCAGCUGUUUCUUGAAGUGGUGGAUCUGCACGAGCAGCGGGAGCGGAUCGCUUACUCUAAAACUCUGAAGGGGAAGUACUUCAACAUCAUGGGGUACUUCUUCUCUCUCUACUGCAUGUGGAAGAUCUUCAUCUCCACGGUCAACAUCGUGUUCGACCGCGUCGGCAAGACGGACCCCAUCACGCGCGGGAUCGAGAUCGUCGUGGUCUACUUCGGGAUCCAGUUCGACGUGAAGUUCUGGUCGCAGCACAUCUCCUUCCUGCUGGUCGGAAUCCUCAUCGUUACCUCCAUCCGAGGACUCCUCAUCACGAUGACCAAGUUCUUCUACGCCAUCGCGAGCAGCAAGUCUUCUAACAUCAUCGUGCUCCUGUUUGCGGAGAUCAUGGGAAUGUACUUCAUAUCCUCUGUCCUCUUAAUGAGGAUGAACAUGCCUGAGGAGUACAGACUCAUCAUCACGGAGGUGUUAGGGGACCUGCAGUUUAACUUUUACCACAGGUGGUUUGAUGUGAUCUUCCUGGUCAGUGCCCUGUCCAGUAUAGGGUUCCUGUACCUGGCACACAAACAGGCACCAGAGAAACACAUGAUGCAGAAUAUGUACUGAGAGUAAGAGGAAAACAAUAUACACUGUCUUGUAUAAUUAUAAUUCAAUUUUGCUGCCUUGGUCUGUCUACAGAAGAUUUUUCUUAACCUCAUUUACUCAUCAAUUUUAAAUUCUAUUACCUGUUGAAAGUCACUGACCAAAGUUUGUGGAUGCUACACGAAAUGUCUGACUGUUCACAAAUCUAUCCACAGUUGCUUAAGUCAUGUUGCGCAUCUUAUUCAUCAACCAUGUACGCUGUUAUGAAGAUAAGUUGAACACUGGGUUGUUUAAGUGCUCUCGACACUAACUUCUUGAGGAAUUAAGUGGUAUCAGAUCUUCACAUAAGUCAGUGUCUAUGAAUGAUUGUAAUUACAUUGUAGUCCUGUGGAUGAAGAAAUAAAUUUCUCCAAUUCAAAAAUGUAUAAUGAAAGUGGCCAAAACAUGGACAGCAUUUUGAAGAAGUCAUAUAAUUUACCAGGAUAUCAAAUUAUGGUUGCUGCUAGCCUGGAGUCCAGUCUUGUUGUGCUUUGGUCACUCCCAGAAGGUAUGCUUCAGCUUCAGCCAACAAGUUACCAUUGGAACGAUUGGUAUUUGCAUAUUCGCCAUAAUUAUAUGCAAAUUCCAAUGGUAGCGAACACCAUACUUGUUGGCAGAAGUAGACUUUUGGGGAGUGAACAAAGCACAAGAAGGCUGGACUCCAUGCUAGGUUGCAGCCAUGUGCUUGCUGCUUUAGUGUAGCUCUAAAUAGAAGUUUCCUGAAUAUUCUCUAUUAAAUAUUAUUCUACGAAACCAAACUGGAACAUCAAUGAACGACUCAAACAAUGUCAAGCACAACGUAUUCAUCACACUUUAUUCAAUAAACCUUUUCCAGGUCGCCCUCUCCCCAGGUCCUGACAUACACACUCUGUCCAAGUCUCUCAACAGUUGAUGAACAUCAAAACCGACCACAAAUGUUUUUUUCCCAAUUUCCACCACAGCGGUUUACACCAUGGGAGCGCUCUGCAAGGUCAAUUAGAAAUCUUCAAACUUAAAUAGUGGUAACAAAAUCAUAGGAAAGAAGCCCUCGAUCCUCUAGUUAAUGGAAGCAUAUGCAACACCGGCCAGUAUAAAGAAUUAGUUACUGUUUGAUAAUUUAGAUAACUAUAAAUUAAGAACCUGAGGACAUAAUGUGCAAGCUACCCACGGGAACCAAAUAAAUAAGUCGAAACCAAAGCCAAGAAUUUCAUAGCAAUGCUAUAUGACUUGUAACUUUCACAAACCAUAUUAGGUUUUAUAUUCUAGCAGCGAAAAGAUAUGCCAUAUACCUUAACGUAUCUGCUCCCAGGAAUAAACUGUGUAGUCAUAUCUAUUUGACGUAUACAAAAAUCUUUUAAGACGAUAACAGAACAGCAGAUAUUGUUUCGCCCCUCUGCUAUGACAAGCAGAGACAGGGACAUUUUUCAUACAAAUUUAUGGCUCAACUUACACUGCUUUAUCACCCCAGCUUUCUCAAUGUACAUGUAUUACUGUCUAUCACUAGACAAUCUUAAUGUGUUUAUUAUCACAUUAACAUCUUAGUACCAAUGUUCUGAAACAUUUACUUCAAUUCAUCUUGUUAUUUUACUAAACACCUGGGGCAAUGAAGUUUGUGAAUUUUAAUUUAGUUGAGAGAAUCUUUGCCAUGUUCCCUGCCUUGCCAGCAAUGAAUAUAAAAUUACAACAAUCUAAUAGAUACAUACUCAUCUGUACACAUUCCCACCCUUCCCAGCAUUCCCUGCUAGUCCCACCAUUUUUUUGCUGGACAUUGUUUUCAGACAAAGGACAUAUUCAUGUCC